AUGCGGUCCUCCAACAUGAUCUCCGCGCUCCCCAGCCUAUUUCUCCUACUGAGCUACGUCCCAACCGUCACCGCAACCCCUCUAGCAACAGCCCUUCCGCUGGACACUUUGCAGAUUUUGGAGGGAAACGCGCUCGAAAAGCGAUGCGACAACCCUUGUGGCUCUGAUAAUUGGCUAUGCUGUGGUUCCAGCGAAACCUGCUAUACAAACAGUGCCGACCAAGCAGCAUGCAGUACAGCGGGGAGUGGUUGGGAUUACUAUACUACAACUUAUGUAGUCACAGAAGUCGACCGUUCCACCGUCGUCUCAGUCUGGAGCUCUCAGGUCACAGCUACUACAACAGCAGCCACGGCCACUGCAACAUGCGAUGCCGGCCUGGCUGAGACAACGUGCGGAUCCAAUUGCUGCAGCGCAGACGAAGAAUGUGUGGACGGCGAGUGUGUCGCUGAAAGCUCCUCUGCGGCAGUGACCGGUGACGCUACACCUGCAGCACGAGGAACGAGUAGUGGCUGGUCUACUGCGACAGCCACAGCAGCCGCUACCACGACAGAGGGAUUCAUUGCGCCUGUUAGCACAGAUGGAUCUGAUUUGAUCGGAGCCAAAGCAACCAGCAACGGAAGUGGACUGAGCGGCGGCGCAAUUGCAGGCAUUGUCAUUGGUACGAUUGCCGGUGUGAUUCUACUUUUCCUGCUCUGUGCCUGCUUCUGCUUCAAGGAAGCUCUGUAUGGUCUCCUCGCUGCACUGGGCAUGGGCAAACGUCGCAGAAAGCAGGAAACCAUUAUCGACGAACGCUACUCGCACCAUUCGCAUGGUAGUCGUCCACGUCCGCAGGGUGGCCGAACAUGGUUUGGAUCCAAGCCGGCGGCUGCGACGAGCGAAAUCAGCGAGAAGAAGAAGUCUUCCUGGAGUGGCUGGGGCACGGUUGCCGUUAUCCUUGGAGCUCUUGCGCUCUGCUUGGGAUUGAAGCGACACAAAGAUCGAGAGCACGAUGAUGACAGGACCGAGAGCAGUUACCCGAGCUCAUACUAUUAUUCGUACUACACCAGAAGUAGCGAUAGCUCUGGUGGACGAACUCGAGACACACGACGAUCUCGAAGAUCACGUACACGAUCACGGCGCUAAAGGACUAGAAUAGUCUUUGUCU